GCGGGGCGGUCCCGUCAGGCGGUCCCGUCAGGCGGCGGGGCAGCAUGGAGGGCCGGCUGCCCUACGACGACUUCCCGGUGGUUUUCCUGCCGCCCUACGAGAGCCCGCCCGCCUGGGUGCCGCCUCAUGAGCGGGUGUAUCACCCCGACUACAACAACGAGCUCACCCAGUUCCUGCCACGCACCAUCGUCCUGAAGAAGCCGCCCGGGGCGCAGCUGGGCUUCAACAUCCGGGGAGGAAAAGCCUCGCAGCUGGGAAUCUUCAUCUCUAAGGUGAUCCCUGACUCGGAUGCGCACAGAGCUGGGCUGCAGGAAGGGGACCAGGUGCUCUCAGUGAAUGAUGUGGAUUUCCAGGACAUUGAGCACAGCAAGGCUGUGGAGAUCCUGAAGACAGCCCGUGAAAUCACCAUGCGUGUGCGUUACUUCCCCUACAAUUACCAGAGACAGAAGGAAAGAACCGUUCACUAAUAGGUAGCUGUCUGCUGGGUCCCCAGAGUGGCCGUCCUGCAAAAAAACACUACUUUUCCUCAACACGUGAGAUGACAAAUCAAGUUUCAGCUGUCACUGGAGGUACAACUGUCCUGUUGGCUGCACAGGCAUCAGCUCUGCUUCCUGUGUGGAGAGACACCAACAGAGUCUUAUUUAGCUGGAAGAUGGAUGGGGCUUUAGUCUGUACUCUUUGAACUGGGUGUUGAAACAAGCCGAUGAUGCUGAUGUGGAAGUGGAUACCGGAGGGCAGCUUCUCCGGCAAGAUCUGUGCUUUUCUAGCAGGACUUAAAUGAGUGCUCUGCUGGUUCUGGAUCCAGCCCUUGUUGCUAGAUGUAAAGCCAAGAGGGUCUGAGCGUGCCUGAGCCGAGCAUGGCCUUCGUCCUCCAAGAGAUCAAUCUGCUCCCUUUCUCUUGUGAUGUGAAAUUCUAUUCUUUCCUUCUCCACUGUCCUACCUCUGCUCUACACUGCUGGGUUUGCUUGGGACUCAAGGAACAGGAGUAAAAUCCACUCAAACUCAGUGCCCAUCUCUAGCGGCACUAGUCUGCCGAGGCAUGCUUGUACCUCUUUGCUGCUUAACGACCCCCACCACACAGGACUGAGACACCUGGGGCACGUUUCUGACCUGCUGUGGGCACUUGGCCAGGUUCCCUCAGGCAUGGUGCCCGCACGGUUAAGGGUUUCACUCGCUGAACCUGCUUCCAUCACUUGGUACAGCCCUGUCCCUGGCAUGUGCUUCCAUCGUAACUCCCCCGCACUUUGAGGUAAACUUCUCCCUUUCCCUCUUCUCCAGUAAAGGUGCAGAAACCUGCUGUGCCCUGCGCUGGGGAAGCACAGGUGAAAACAUGGUAGUUACCAGCAAAUCUGGGUGCGGAUGCGUGGUAGUAUCACAUUGUAAAUGGUAUCAGGACAGCCCUUCUCUGGCCUUCUGUGUGGUGUUUUCUGCUUAUCUGUAGUAACGAAAAUAAUAAAACAAGUACAACA